CAAAGGCACCGAGUAGCUCCGAAACCAGCGAGUACCCCCCAAAAUGGGGCAUCACCUCCUCCGCGAUGAUGAUCCCCCCCAGUGCCCACCUCGUCCCCGAGGUGUGCAUAUUAUCUCCUUGAAGAGCUGGAAAAGCCUGGGGACCUAGAGGAGCUUGUGGAGUUGUUGGAGAAGGAGGAGGAGGAGGAGAACGAAGCCAUGGGGAGCGGGGCCAGUGCUGAGGACAAGGAAAUGGCCAAGAGGUCCAAGGAGCUGGAGAAGAAGCUCCAGGAGGAUGCGGAUAAGGAGGCCAAGACAGUCAAGUUGCUGCUGCUUGGGGCUGGAGAGUCAGGGAAGAGCACCAUCGUGAAGCAGAUGAAGAUCAUCCACCAGGACGGUUACACGGAGGAGGAGUGCAUGGAGUUCAAGUCCAUCAUCUACGGGAACAUCCUCCAGUCCAUCCUGGCCAUCAUCCGCGCCAUGUCCACGCUGGGCAUCGACUACGCCGAGUCCUCCUGCGCGGAUGAAGGCCGGCUGCUCUUCAACCUGGCUGACUCCAUCGAGGAGGGCACGAUGCCCCCCGAGCUGGUCGCCUGCAUCAAGAAGCUGUGGAAGGAUGGGGGGGUUCAGGCGUGUUUUGACCGCGCUGCCGAGUAUCAGCUCAACGACUCAGCCGCGUAUUACCUGAACCAGCUGGACAGGAUCACAGCCCCCAACUACCUCCCCAACGAGCAGGAUGUGUUGCGAUCUCGAGUGAAGACCACAGGGAUCAUCGAGACCAAAUUCUCUGUCAAAGACCUGAAUUUCAGGAUGUUCGACGUGGGAGGGCAGCGCUCAGAGAGGAAGAAGUGGAUCCACUGCUUUGAGGGGGUGACCUGCAUCAUCUUCUGCGGGGCCCUGAGCGCCUACGACAUGGUGCUGGUGGAGGAUGACGAAGUGAACCGGAUGCACGAAUCCCUGCACCUAUUCAACAGUAUAUGCAACCACAAGUUCUUUGCUGCCACGUCCAUCAUCCUCUUCCUCAACAAGAAGGACCUUUUUGAGGAAAAGAUUAAGAAAGUCCAUCUCAGCAUCUGCUUCCCAGAGUAUGAUGGUCCCAACACAUUUGAGGAUGCAGGGAAUUACAUCAAGACCCAAUUCCUGGAUCUCAACAUGCGGAAGGACGUGAAGGAGAUCUACAGCCACAUGACCUGUGCCACAGACACGCAGAACGUCAAGUUCGUCUUCGACGCUGUCACAGACGUGAUCAUCAAAGAGAACCUCAAGGACUGCGGCCUCUUCUGAGCACCAGCAGAAGAAGAAAACAUUCCCGUCUCACCGUUCUGCUGAGCAGAGCCAAAGGAAGAACCAACCCCCACCACACGUCACUCGCUCCCACUUUUUCUAUGACCUGCCCAAAUCCGCCUCCUUCCAAACCCAAACUAGGAAGGGGCUGAAGCUCAACUUCCUGCUCCCUUUCAUGGCCAUUUCCUCUUUUUUUUCCAAGGAAGAACCCCUGUUCUCAGCGUUUUACAGGAGGCUUGACAGCAGAGAGCACAGCCAGGAAUAGGAAUAUUGAGGGAAUUUGGGAGGUAGGAUAGAAGUUGCCCCCUUGCCUGUCCCUCUGCAGCCCAUUCCUGCCCUUGGAUCAGAGCUGGAUUAAUCCAGGAUGGAAUUUCUGAGGAAGGUGGAGGCUGCGUCACCUCCGAGACGCUCCUGGGAACCAACCUCAGCCCUUCCUGGGAACCAACCUCAGCCCUUGGGCAGGACAAAUCAGGGGUCUGUGGGGUUGUUUUGGGCCCUAAAUGGAGGGAAUUUCUCAGGCAGGAGGGGCUGGAAAAGGGAAUCCCAACUCCAGCCCAGGAAUGGGCUGGAUAAAGAGGAAAUGGUUACUUGAAAGAUUUUAAUUCUGCUACUUAGAGCUGCAUUUGCUCUGUCUGUUUGUAAAUAAUCCAUAGAUGAGCCCUGUAUCCAUCCUCUCCCUGUUUCCUGCAGAGAUCUCCUGUCCAGCUUCAUUUAACUGUAGGAAAACACAAUAAAGGAAUACGCAUUAUGUGGAUGUUCUUCCUUUCUCCCUCUUCCACUUUGCUCCAUUCCUGUGUCCCAGAGCUCGGAUCAAGGGAUAUUUCAGCUGCUUUGCAUCCAUUCUGAGGGUAUAUGGAUCUCUGGAUCUCACCUGGAUCACCCCAUGGCCACUGCUGGCCUCCUGGGGGGUGGGAUGGGGGUCACCAUCCCAAUAAAACUUCCUGGCCAGCACCCUUGGAUGAGAUGAAGCUCCUGGAUGAGUUUAAAGGAUGAGUUAUCCCAUGUAGGAUGGCUGGAAGGGAAUUGUCAAGCAGACACAGCUCCAGACAGCUUGGAAAAGAUUCCAGAGCAGGGAAUCUCCCUCAGGGCUCCCCCUGCCAGCACGCACAAGCCUCCCUGGGGAAUUUAUCCUGGGUUUCUAAGCAAGUGUUCUCACCUCCAUCCCGAAGAAGUGCCCAGAGCAGAAUUCCCAUGGGGGUCACAGCAGCCAGUGAGAUUUGGACUAUAAAUAAGCAGUAAUUAUCCAUCUGCCAAUAGCCCCAUGGGCAAUGGGAUUCCUGGCAUGUUCCAAUUGUGCCAGCACGACUCAAGUCUUUGGGAGCAGCACAACACCAACAGUGGUGGGUGAUAAAGCACAAAGAACCUCCCUGUCCACAUAAUUCCACCCAUUUCCCAUCAAAUCUCUUCCUUUCCUUCUCCAGCAAAGCACAAAAGCUGGGAACACUCCUGGAAAAAGGAAGAAUAAAGUAGAGAAAAAGCUACAGUCUUUACUCACCAUUUUAAUACUGCCAACAAGUCUAACAGAUCCAACUGUACACAUGACAAACUGGGAGGAGUCUGGAUGCAAUCAUGUAUCAGCAAAGGAAUGUAGGACUGGUUAGGGAUGGCACUAGAGGGAAACAGGGAUUUGGCACCACACAGACAAAGUAAAGGCAUGCUCAGGACAGGGCUGGGCAGGGAGGGCCAUGGGAAAGGCAGCACAGAAUAAUCCACCGUUUUCAUCCCAAAAAAUGCACAGGAGUCAGUGGUUUGGGAGCUGGGAAGCAGCAGUUUUCCCCCCAGCGAGGGCUCAGCUCCUCUCCCCACCGAGGUAGGAUUAUGCUGAGCACAAAUCCCUUCCCAUACUGGCAUAAAACUGGGCUCAAACCCCCAACAGAACCUAAACCCUCCUUCUGCUGCAGGAGCCUUUCCCAAAGCCUGGGGGGAGCAGGAUGGUAACAAAUCACACAUGGAAAAAAAGCCGAAGCUCUAAGGAUCCCUUAGUAGCUGCAGAAAUAUUAAAUCCUGGCCAUAGCAAGUGUUAAAAACAAGGAAUUCCUGCUAAGAGGAAUAUUUUCUGCAGGAUCUGCUCACAUGUGCAUAGUUAAGUGAUUUUUUUUUUUGUUGCUUUUUUAAUUAUUAUUAUUUUUAAAACAAGGUUUGCAAAUAAAGAAAUAAAGUUUAGUAAAGUUAUAGUUUUCUCGAUGGAAAAAAAAAAAUAACCUUAAAAACAGACUAGUGGUGGCUUGUUAACCAAAGGAAGAGAGAAAG